AACUACGUCUUGAACCUCCUAGGGAAAAAACGUCCCGUUGUGACCUCCGAGCAAAUCUCUACAGACACCGACAUCAGCCUCGAAACAUUGCUAACGAUGUGUGAGGCCGAAACGACCAUACACGACACACUCGAAACCAAAACUACCAUCGAGAAGGACCGGGUCCAGCUGGACAUCAAGCAGAUCUACGAAACGAUACUUGAACUGGGAGAGUUUCCCACAUUGGCCACGAAGAAGCACGUUCAGUUCUUGACCAUUUCACUCGGCUCGCUUCCGCACGAUUUCUGCGUACUUGACGCGUCCAACCCCUGGAUUCUCUACUGGAUCCUCAACUCGUUGCUUCUUCUCCGGAAGGAAUUGAACCAAAAAACUUGCGACCAAGUGAGGGAGAAAAUUAUGGGGUAUAUCCACCCCGAGGGAGGAAUUGGCGGUGGGCCUGGUCAGACAGGUCAUGCAGCAGCGACCUACGCCUCGAUUCUCUCUCUAACCUUGACCAAGAACUGGGAUGUGAUGCGUGCAAUGAAGAACCAAAUCUACCCCUGGCUUCUCACUUUAAAGCAGGCAGACGGCUCCUUCGUGAUGCAUGUGGGCGGCGAGAAGGACACACGUGCAGUGUACUGUGUGUUAACUGUGGCUUCUCUUUUAGACGUGAUGACCCCAGAGUUGGUGGAGGGAACUGGGGCGUGGCUAAAGUCCUGUCAGACCUAUGAAGGCGGCUUUGGCGGUAUUCCGUUCGAUGAGGCACACGGCGGAUACACCUUCUGUGCAGUAGCCAGUUUGUGUCUCCUUGGGCAUCCACGAGAACUUUCAAAGCACUGCAACAUUGAUAGCUUGACCCGGUGGGUCGUCUCGAGACAAUAUACGCUGGAGGGUGGGCUAUCAGGCAGAACCAACAAGUUGGUGGACGGGUGCUACAGUCACUGGGUAGGCACCGUUGGUCCUCUCCUCGAAGUCGCCUUGGGCGAAAGAUCCAUCAUCAACAGGCCCGCAUUGCAGCACUAUAUCUUGAGUUGCUGCCAGUUUGAGAAAGGCGGACUCAGAGACAAGCCCGGGAUGAAUGCAGACUUUUACCACACCAACUACGUGCUUUGCGGGUUGGCCACAGUGCAGACUGAGACCGUGUUCGACGAGGCGCAGUAUUGCAGCAGCAUUAUCGAUAGUGCCGCCUACUGCUUCAGAUCUGUUCCGGCAAGGAGCGAUAUAGUUGAAGUGGAGCAGGUGAAUCUUGUGCGUGCGAUCAACCCAAUUUUUGGCAUCCCUGAUGGUUUCCCCGAGGCGUGUAGAGCAAGCAUGAGAUAAUAAUGGCUUAGCUGAUGGGGUUCUUUUUGUAGGAUACAAUGUAAAGAAGUCAGUGUAGGCCUGCGAGCCGUUUUUGUUUGCUUGGAUCUGGAGCUAAUAUGGCGGGUAAGCGAAAAAAAAUAGUUCGUUGGUUUUCGGUAGAGCCCUGUAUGUUUAUAGUUCUAUCCUCUGUGGAUAUAUUUCAUUUUGCUCUCUG